CCCUAAUUCACUCAUCAUAUUUAGCUCUCUUGCUCAACUAUGUUCCUUCGACGUUUUAGCAGAAAGAGAUUUGUGCGGCUACCAACUUCGAUUUCAAAUUUCAAGCUUUUCUGAGUUUUUUGAAGGAUGGUGAGGAUCAGCGUGCUAAACGAUGCGUUUAAGAGCAUGUACAAUGCGGAGAAGAGAGGGAAGAGGCAGGUGAUGAUCCGACCUUCUUCCAAGGUCAUCAUCAAGGUUCUCACUGUCAUGCAGAAACACGGUUACAUUGGCGAGUUCGAGUACGUUGAUGACCACAGGUCUGGUAAGAUCGUGGUUGAGCUCAAUGGUAGGCUGAACAAAUGCGGUGUCAUCAGUCCUCGCUUCGAUGUCGGAGUUAAGGAGAUCGAAGGAUGGACCGCACGUCUUCUUCCUUCCAGACAGUUUGGCUACAUUGUGCUGACAACCUCUGCCGGUAUCAUGGACCACGAAGAAGCCAGGAGGAAGAACGUUGGUGGCAAGGUCCUUGGAUUCUUUUACUGAGCUUCAAGAGAAUCAUCUUGCCCGGUUAUACUUUGUCUUUUUGUGAGAUGAUGUAAAAGGGUGGUAGAUUUUUUGUUGCGUUUGCUAUCUUAUAGAUAAUAUGCCGUUUUGUUCGUUAUGGAUUUUUCGCCGAAGUUAAAAGACUUGCAAAGUUAGACAGUCAUUUCCAGUU